AUGUCCGGGCCGCUGUCCGAUCGUCCACUGCCGUCAUCCUUCGAUGACAAUGAUGAUUUCUACAACGAGAGUGGCUUCUCUAAGGUGAUGCGGCGAGUGAAGCGAGAGCCGCUCAUUCCACUUGGAUGCCUCCUUACUGUUGCCGCCUUCACCAAUGCCUACCGUGCCAUGCGCCGUGGCGACCACAACCAGGUGCAGCGCAUGUUUCGCGCUCGUGUGUUGGCCCAGGGCUUUACCGUAGCUGCCAUGGUCGCUGGAGGCCUGUACUUCGGUGCCGAGCGCCACAAGGAGCGCGAGCUGUGGAAGCUGCAGGAGGCUCAGACCGCCGAGGAGAAGCGCCAGCGCUGGAUCCGCGAGCUCGAGGCCCGUGACGAGGAGGACAAGGCCAUGCGCGAGAAGCUGGACAAGAGGAGGAAGAAGGCCGCCGAGAACGCAGCUCGCGACGGCUUCAAGGAUGCUGCAAGGAAGGCAGACGACAAGGUGGAAGGGACACAGAAGGACGCAAAGACGGAGGUGCUGGGCACCUCCCAGAUUGGCAACGAGGUGGUGAGCUUUGAGCAGAAGACGGGCACAAGCAUGUUCAGUGGCUGGUUUGGGGGAAAGCCCAAGGAAGAAGAAGGGCAAACGCCAGACCCAGAUGCCGCAAAGAAGUGA